UUUAAAGCGUGCAAGGAUACAACGGAGCUACACGUCGCUAGCAGGUGCACAACGCAGGGAAAUCACAAAUACGAGACGAAAGAUGACAUAGCAUACGGCGUCUUCCCAUUUCGGCCACAAACCAUAACCCUGUGCUUUCACCAGAAUAAUGUCACGGGUGGGUGCAAUCUGCUGACCUUUCUCCAGAGUGAGUGUGGUGUUUGUGUAUAGAAGCCGUUCACUCUACUACCAGUACAAUGUCAGGUACCUACACACCAGCCCCUGGUGGGCCAUUCUCUGCUCUCACCCCCAGCAUGUGGCCCCAGGAUAUUUUGGCCAAGUACCAUCAAAAAGACCCAUCCGAACAGCCUGAACUCCAGUAUGAUGAGUUUGGCUUCAGAGUGGACACUGAAGAUGGCGGGAAGUCGAAGUCCUGGCUGGGCACUGAAGGCUCACCCCAGCGUGAAGACCCCCAGCAGCGAUUACGCUGGCAAGCCCACCUGGAGUUCACUCACAACCACACAGUGGGUGACCUGACCUGGGAUCUGAUUGAUCCCGUCCUUCCACGCUCUGAGCGUUUGCGCUCCCUGGUGCUAGGUGGCAUACCUCACAGCAUGAGGCCUCAGCUUUGGAUGCGUCUGUCCGGAGCACUGCAGAAGAAGAGGACCACUGAGAUCUCUUACAGAGAAAUUAUUAAGAACAGCUCCAACGAUGACACCACUACAGCUAAACAGAUAGAGAAGGACCUGUUACGGACUAUGCCAACCAACGCGUGUUUCAGUAGUCUGACCAGUGUUGGAGUGCCGAGGCUGAGACGGGUACUGAGGGGCCUGGCCUGGCUCUACCCAGACAUUGGGUAUUGUCAGGGCACUGGCAUGGUGGUUUCCUGCCUCCUGCUCUUUCUUGAGGAGGAGGAUGUGCUAUGGAUGAUGUGUGCCCUGAUCGAAGACCUCCUUCCGCCGUCCUACUUCUCUUCCACUCUGUUGGGCGUACAGACGGACCAGAGGGUUCUCCGCCAGCUCAUUGUUCAGUACCUGCCAGCCCUCGACCGCCUUCUGCAGGAGCAUGACAUAGAGUUGUCGCUGAUCACACUGCAUUGGUUCCUGACAUCCUUUGCCAGUGUGGUAGACAUACGUCUGCUCCUUCGGAUCUGGGACCUGCUCUUCUACCAGGGCUCACUGGUGCUCUUCCAGGUCACACUGGGCAUGCUCAAGAUCAAGGAGGAGGAGCUCGUAUCAUCCGAGAACUCUGCUUCCAUUUUUAAUACUCUGUCGGACUUGCCAAGCCAGUUGAGAGAUGGGCCUGCAGUUCUUGGGGAGGCUAUGAGGCUAGCCGGGACACUAUCCCAGGAAACACUGGAAGCCCACCGACAUAAGCACCUAGCCUACAUCCUAAAUGAACAGACACAGCUCAACAAUGGAAACAACACAACCCUCAACACGAAUCUCAACAAGGUGGUGAGGAGACAGUCCCUGCGCAGGAAGUCCACACUGAGCUCCCUGCUGUUUGGGGAAGAUGAGGCAGAGGCUUUGAAAUCCAAGAACAUUAAGCAGACCGAACUGGUGGCAGCCCUGCGCGAGGCCAUAGCCCGCACCGCAGAGCACUUCCACUGUCUGGACCCACAUCACUCCAGCACUGACCUGACUCCUGACUACUCCAUGGAGAGCCACCAGCGAGAUCAUGAAAACUUUCUUGUGGUUUCUCGCAACCGGCGGAGACGGGCAAAGGCUUUGCUGGACUUUGAAAGACACGAUGACGACGAACUGGGAUUCAGGAAGAAUGACAUCAUCACUAUUAUCUCACAGAAGGAUGAACACUGCUGGGUUGGAGAGCUCAAUGGCCUUAGAGGUUGGUUUCCUGCCAAGUUUGUGGAGAUCCUAGAUGAAAGAAGCAAAGAGUACUCAUUAGCAGGUGAUGACUCUGUGACAGAGGCAGUGACAGACCUGGCCAGGGGCACAUUGUGUCCUGCCCUGAAGGCCAUAUUUCAGCACGGCCUCAAGAAACCAUCUAUACUGGGAGGGCCUUGUCACCCUUGGUUAUUCAUAGAAGAAGCAGCCAGCAGAGAGGUAGAGAGGGACUUCAACUCUGUCUACUCCAGACUGGUGCUGUGUAAAACCUACAGGUUAGAUGAAGAUGGGAAAGUGCUGACUCCAGAGGAGCUGUUAUACAGAGCAGUGCAGUCAGUCAACAUGAGCCACGACUCUGCACACGCUCAGAUGGAUAUUAAGUUUAGGUCUCUUGUCUGUGUUGGCCUCAAUGAGCAGGUGCUGCACCUAUGGCUGGAGGUGUUGUGUUCCAGCAUGGCUGCUGUAGAAAAAUGGUAUCACCCAUGGUCAUUCCUUCGCAGUCCUGGAUGGGUCCAGAUCAAGUGUGAGCUCAGGGUCCUGUCAAAAUUUGCCUUCAGCCUGUCCCAAGAUUGUGAGCUACCUGACAAGAAAGAGGAGAAGGAGCAGAGACCACUGAAAGAAGGGGUGCAGGAUAUGUUGGUGAAACAUCACCUCUUCAGCUGGGACAUUGAUGGCUAAAAUGCACAGCGAAAAACAUUUGAACCCUGUCCUGUCUACCUGCGUGUAUUUGAUGUCUCCUCACUGGUUUCUUACAGACUUUCAAUCAUACAUUAGACAAUUGUCGGCAACAAUAAGUGACUACAGACCCUAUCUGUCACAUCAUCUUUCAGCGUUGGACAAUGGCGACGCCCUAAUCAUUACUGAGACUCAUGUCGUCACAGAGGUCGACCAGUUUGCUGAAGCAUGUGUGCAUUAAGGUGCAUACUCUUAUUGUAAUUCAGAUCUAGUGUAGAAUGUUGCACUACAUGGUGAAGACUGUGUAUAAAAGUAAACACUCCCAGCCGUGCUACAGAACAGUGUCUACCUAUGGGACUGGAGCACUCAAUGUCUCCUAACAGUAAGUAAUUUUCAUUACUCACUGCUCUGGCCAUUCAGCGUUUCAUAGCUGAGUGCAUUUUUUGUGCAAGAGUCAGAUGCAUAGUCCAUGCUUUUGCAUUGGUUGCAUGUCUGUAAAAUACAGCAGCAGGUCAUCACCAGGACAGACCCUGGACCUUUUACAUGGUCCUACAUUCCCAAAUCUGAAGACCAAAACAGAACAUUCCUAAACAUGGAGCUGUAAAGUUACAAAUUAUUUUUAGAGGAAUUCUGCUUACCUCAAUAUCAUGAAUUCAACAAAAUAUUUCAUUAAAUACUAAUGUUGCACAUGCCGAGUAAAGCCUUUUCAAAUUGUAAUACAACACUAUGGGCUACCUUAAUAGAGGUAGUAAACAGUCUGCACCUGUAAGACAUAAUGUAAAUGAAGUAGAUAAAUAUUUUUUUGUGUUGCAAUCUACAGUAAAUAAAUGUUACAUAUAAGUUCUGUUUUUUUUUUUUUUUUGUAUAUACACAACUGUCGCUUGUGACUAAAUGUGCCCUUGCAAUUUAAAGUAAUUCAGAAUAGAACUUUAGUCAUUCCUAGUUGACUUACUGAUUUCCAAAUUGACCUUUAGUUCUGGUUUAGAGCUGCAGAAAACAAGGAAUUGUCUAUUUAUUCUAAAUGUUGACUAGAUUAUGGUUGCCUAAAAUUUGGGACUUAAGAGGUUGGAAAUGUUGUCAAAACUGUUGUGAUGAAAGGGAAUUUUAUGUUCACUUGUUACAUUUUUAGCAGGGUACUUUUAAGAUACUUUGCUUUACUUUCAUAGCGAACAUUUUGUUGUUUUGUCUGUUAUUCCUGCCAAACUCAUUAGAUCUCGCAGGUGUUAUGCUUGAAACUGUCAUGUAAUUUGAGUUAUGAAUUUUUUUGACUUACAUUGUUAAUUGUAACUUUCCUGUGUGCAGAAAACUCAGUCAACUUAGUCUCCUGUUUUACAGGAUUGCAGCUAUCGUAGCCUGUGUAAAUUUAUUUCUAUUGUCAAAAAUUUACAACUGAAAUACAUAGAAUAUUCUGCUCUCUGGUGUCCACUCAAAGACAAUCCAGCAAAUAGUUGUCACUUUACACUUGCAUGUGGAACUGACUAGACUACACAAGACUACACAUGAACACUCCUCUGCUUCAAUGAGUUACAUUAUAUUGAUGAAAAAGAUCGUGAUAAACAUACUGGAAACCCAUCCAGAUAUUUUUUCACAUUAAUAGAUUACACAGUAUCAAGAUUGUUAAUGUGUACUGAAGAAAUCUGAGAAAAACAAACUAUACAAAGAGAGGCACUGUUGAAAAGUUCAGUAAAGCUUGUUUAUUAAUGGUCAGUUUUUAGCUGCAGUGUGUGUUAAAAUGUCACAACAUGUUAUAACAGCAACAGGCCAUAACGCAUGGGGUACUAGAGUUACAAGUAGCACUGCAAGUACUGCAUGUCUUAUAAUCAUUAGCAACUGUUGGAGUGACAAGAUUAUGUGCUAUAUUUGUUUGUACUAACACGAUUGGUAUAAGGUCUGGAACAUGGCUGAUUGACAGUGGUAGCGUGACAGAUACUACUCAAUCUAAAAGUGCAAGUGAGAGUAGGUUGAAAGAUCAAAGACCACCAGUGUGAACGUUCUGCAUGUAUGCCAAAUAAAUAACUGACAGUUAU